CCAUAUGUGGAUUUCGCAACGGCCUCAAACGAAAAAUCAGGAUACCGAUUGUUAUUUGGCACAUCUACUAAGGGGGUUAUGAUUCUUUCAAAAACUACUUGUGCAAAGAUUAGGAGCAUAGAAGGCGUAUAUCCAUGUGGUGAUGCGCUAUACGAUGAUAGCACUACAGCUACAGCACAAUAUCGGCUAGAUGAGUUUGAAGUGGAUAUGGAAGGACCAGUUAAAGGAUUUGUUGUUUCAGAACAUAUAUGGGUUGAAGGCUCAGAUCUAUUCAAUAAACGAAUCGGAGUUGCAACAACCUGGUCUCCUUUUUUGGUCAAUAGCAUCAGGUCAGGAAUGUUCCAUGGAUACUUUGGAAUUUCACCGAAGGAAAGCAAUGUACCGUUCACAUCUCUGUUAGACGGUAUACGAGACAAACAUUUUGGACUUUACCUCAACUUUAAAGAAGGAGAAGGCGUAGGAGAAUUGAGAUUGGGAGGUAUUGAUGCUUCAAAAAUAGAAGGAGGUGAAGCAGCUCUAAAGGAUGUACCAAUUGUUCCAACUGAUGAUGAUGGCUGGGCUAUAAUCAUAGACAGCAUCUCAAUAAAUGGUCAAAAAAUUAACCAAAAUCAGUUGAAAGUCCUUGUGGAUACAAGUAUGAAAGACUAUUAUGGCAAGAAAGAAAUCAUAACUAAAAUAAAUCAGGCCCUUGGAGCAAACAACAUGGACACCCAGGACCUUGAACCAAUCAUGGAUGCCAGUGCCCUUGAAGAAAACAAAAAGUCAGCCCGGGACAAUGGAGCAAGCGAAGCGGAUAUCCGGUUCCUUGAAGCAAUCAACAAGGGAGGCACCAAAGAAAGUACUUGGCAUUUUAACAACUGUGGACUUGGCUCUCAUAAAAUUGUGAUGACAAUAAACAACGAGAAUUAUGAACUAGAUCCAACCGACUACAUGACUGAGCAAGGUGUCCUGACUUUGACUUUUGAUAAAAACGGAAAGUCCAAGGCUGAAAAAACGGGAGGUAGAUGCAUAUCCAACUUUAAGAACAGGGAGAAUGAGAGAGUGGUGAAAUACGACUUGACCCUUGGCACAUUGUUUUUCAAUAAGUAUUACGCUGUGUUUGAUGUGGCAAACGGAAAAAUCAGGCUUGGAAAAAAACUCCAGUAACAAUCUGAAGACGAUGUAGUCG